GUGGAGUAGUAUGUAGGGUAUAUAUACUGGCUCACCAUUGCAAUCCGGCAUCACCAAACCACCAUGGCGUCUGUACCCGCCCUGCUGGCUCUGCUGUUGACGGCCACGUCAUAUGUUAACGCCCAGGAUGCCUGCAGCAACGGGUUCAACGCGGCCUGUCUGGCAGAAGUGAGGUCCCUCUACACCAAUACCUCAGCCUUCUGGUUUGGGACGAGGUACGCGACAGACUGCCCACCUGGCAAAGUGAGCUCCUUGUGUAGAAACACUGAACGAUCCGAAAAGUCCCUCUUCACUCGAAUUUUGGGUACAGGCGCCACCCACAGCAACGGUCUAAGCUUCAUCGUCAAAGUCACGUACCCUAUUACUGUUCCAGCUGAUGGAUCUGACCGUAAAUACAACGGGUGUGGGAGAAUAGUGGAUGCACCUUUAAAUAGACCACAACAUUUUGCCAUCGAUCCUCUCGGCAAAACCGUAUAUCCCCCUUACGACCUGCGAGAGGAGCCGGAAGUGACGUGGCAAGCCGAGAAGAAUGCCCUCUACGCUGUUAUUAUGUACGACCCUGCCCCGUUCUACAUGCAUGCUUUCUACGUCAACGUCCCCGGCGGCAAACUGAAGAAUGGAGACACGAUAUUCCCGCACAAUGGGCCUGGAAACCCCGUUGACCGUGUCAACCCCUACAUCUGGCUCGUGUUUAAGCAGCAGAAAUCGGUGGACGGUUCAAAGAUAGCCCGCAAUCGUCGCGGUGUGCACAUCCAGGACUUAGUCUCGCAGCUUGGACUGUCAACACAGUCGUAUGGCAUGAACAUUGUCAUGACGUCAACGGAUGAGUUCACCGCCGUCUUCAUCCGGUCAGUAAAUUUUCUGAACAGAUGUCCAGUGUACUACGGGCAAUGGUUGAGCAGCUACAUUCAGAAAGAGGGUGGGCUCCCGUCAUUUCCGGCGCGACUUGAUCUUAGUGUGUCCGUUGAUGUCACCUUCAAGGCCCCCGCUAUAACGUACACAGCGUGUGGAAAAACCUAUCACAAAAGCCAAGUGAACAUCACGGCAGAUUAUCGGUACAUGGGUCAGUUAGGAUCCUUGCAAACACGGCUCUCCCCAAAAGUCAGCCUGGUUCCCCUGGAUAUGAGCAAUCCCCCUCAGUCACACUGAAAAACAAGCAGUACACCCUGUUGAUGCUCGACUUGACCGACGAACUGGGAAAGACAAAUCAGAACUCCAACAUCCACUGGAUGGUCGUCAACGUCCGGGGUACUGACAUCACUUCCGGUGACGAGGUGUACAAGUGGCAACUGCCCAUGGCAUCAACGUUGAAUCAUCUCUACCUGUUUGCUUUGUUCGAGCAGACGAAACAAGUCAGCGCCGCGACAGCGAAGACUUUCAGUGGAGCCAACUGUCCUGCCUUCAGCAAAUCCCGGUGCAAGUUUAGAGCUGGGGACUUCAUCCGUGACAACAAGCUCUCCCUCGUCGGUUUACGACGUCUCCGAAUCAUCCCCGACACCUACCAACAGUACAUGUCGUACGCAGUGGCCAAGAUCGAAACCAUGACCCAAGCGUGCAAGCGUGCGGUACCUUUAGUUGGAUAAAAUUAUAUCUGAACAAAGGGCUUAUAUAAGGACCUAUGUAUUUGUACAAUUGUGUUUCAAAAACCCUUCUGGAUUUAGCUGUUGUAUUAAAGAAUAUAUGAGUAAA